AUGGAUCAAAACUCCCAGAAACAGGGAAAACUUUGUUGGUGGGAUUUCGGCUUCCUGCUGAGAACCUGUAAAACCCGCACUACUGCCCGCACUCGCCGCACUCGCGACCUCUGCCUCCUGCCCCUGGAAGUUCCGUGUGUCACAGGUCCCCGCAGCGGCGGUGAGAGGCGGAGGCCCGCCCGGAACACGCCGGGGCGCAGAGGCUUCGCCGCCUUCCGGCCGCCCGCCUCCCUGCCCAGCAGCACCUCCUCGGAUGACUUCGGCAAGGGCAAGGCCGAGGACCGCUACUCGCUGGGCAGCAGCGUCGACAGCGGCAUCCGCACCCCGCUCUGCAGGAUCUGCUUCCAGGGGCCCGAGCAGGGGGAGUUGCUGAGCCCGUGUCGAUGUGAUGGAUCUGUGAAGUGCACGCACCAGCCAUGUCUGAUCAAAUGGAUUAGCGAGAGAGGCUGCUGGAGCUGUGAGCUGUGUUACUACAAGUAUCACGUCAUUGCCAUAAGCACAAAGAACCCUCUGCAGUGGCAGGCCAUCUCUCUGACGGUCAUUGAGAAGGUUCAGAUAGCAGCGGCCAUCCUGGGUUCCCUCUUCCUCAUCGCCAGUAUCUCGUGGCUCAUCUGGUCGACCUUCAGUCCUUCAGCCAAGUGGCAGCGCCAGGACCUGCUCUUCCAGAUCUGCUAUGGAAUGUACGGCUUCAUGGACAUUGUCUGUAUAGGUCUAAUAAUACACGAAGGGCCCUCGGUUUACCGGAUUUUUAAACGGUGGCAGGCGGUCAAUCAGCAGUGGAAAGUGCUGAACUAUGACAAAACAAAGGACAUGGAGGAGCAAAAAACAGGGACCAGGACAAAUCAGCGCCCCUCCUCCCAAACCACCCACUCAUCCUCCACUGGUGGUACAGCCACUAACUCCGCUCCAGCCGACAGCGGGGCACGGGCUGCCGGCCAUGCCACAGGCACCCUCUCUGACCACCACUGUGCUUAUACCAUCCUGCAUAUACUCAGCCACCUGAGGCCUCACGAACAGAGGAGUCAGUCUAGUAGUAACAGAGAGCUCGUCAUGAGGGUCACGACGGUCUGAGCCGAGGAAUUCAGGAGGCCUUAACACGAAGCGGAGGAGACAAAGAACUCAUAAAGCAGAGGAGCAUGGUGUGCCUUUUUCUUUCUCUUUCCGUUUUUUUUUUUUCUUUUUUUUUUUUUUUUCUUCUCUCCUUUUCUUUUUUCAGUAACUGCACAAGAUAUAAGAGGCGGCACCUGGCCAGCUAAGGAAAAAAGCAGGUGGAGGGAGAGCUGCACACUCAUGCUAAAGAGGUUAAUGUUUUCCAGCCUGUUUAAAAAAAAAAAAAGAAAAAAAAAAAAAGAAAAAAAAUAACAACACAAAUCACAAAAAAAACCAACAAAACAAGUGCAAUACAGACUACAAACUGAGUAGGCAGAGUUCUGGGGAAGCAGAGGAACAGACGGUUUAGCAUGUCUUACAAAUUCUGUUACCUGGAAUAGGUAACUCUCUGUGCACAGCCCCCGUACACACAUGCACGCGCACACAAACACACAUGUAGUGUGAGAUUUAUAGAAACAUGGAAGGGAACGAAAUAUUUGGAGUGUUUUUAUUUUCCAGACUCCAAUUAACCAGGGCUAUGAGUUGUUUUGUUUUAUGAGUCACUGGAGCCUUGUUUGAUUUACCGUGGGGUACCGGAAGUGAAACAGCUGGGGAUUUUUCAAGUAUUGAUUUACAGAAGAGAGAUUGAAUCAUCUCACUAAGAAAAUCUUAACAAAAUCCAGGCAUACCCAAAUUUCACCAAGAAGCCUGUUUUUUUCAUAAUGUUCCUGACAAGGGGCUUGUGAGGGUAGGACUGGGAGGGGGGAGGGCGCUCCAUGACCUUUAUUUGAUGUAGAGGCAUUUUUGGCAAAUUUUGUACAAACGUUCUGCAGGUGUUUCAAGCACAAGUACUGGUGUGAUUCAUGCCUUCAUAACCCCAAAUCCAACAUCCAGACCUUGCCACCCACACACAUCAUUUUCCAUGCAGACAUUCCAGGUUAAUUUCAUUCCAUUUUACUCUAAUCACAAGAAGCUGACCCAUCUUUGGUGGGUUUCUGCUCCCUUGCUGAUUCAGACACUCAUGUAUUAGAAAUAUACUUUUUUUUUUUUUGGUGUCUGUAUCUCUGCUGCUCAAUUUGCAACAGUCUCACUCAGUCUUGUAGGCUGAUCCUUUCACAUCCAGUCUGUUAGUUUAUUACAGAGUCUAUUCCAUUCAAUCAUCCAAAAGAGAGUUAGUCUGAAGAGGGAGCACAGUUGCUGACUGACUGUGUAGCACUUCUAAUAAGUCUCCUUCUCUGGGAUAUAUCCUCGAAGGUAUCGGUUGCUCUUCAGGAACAUUCUCUUUCAAUGCACAAUGGCUGAAUCAUUUGUGGAUAUUAAAGGGACACUGUCAAGUACUUUUUAAAUAGUUUUUAGGGUUUGGGCUUUUUUUACUCUCCAUUGUUUGUAAUAUUCUCUUACAAGCUUGAAAAUAAAAUUUCUUUCCCUACCGAUUUUGUCCUUUUCCAUUUGGGCAUGUAUGGUUCUCUCCACUCACCCCAUUCCUUUCACCAUCCCUGUCCUUCUCCUCCCCACCUUUCUUCUGCAACAGGAGGAAAUCUGUAUUUCUGAUUUCCUGCUGACUGUCCUCAUUCUAUGGAGGGUAUGUCCCAGCUCUAUGGGGUUGAGUUAUUUUGCAGCUGUCACAGAGGAAGCAUAAGAGCAGGAACCCUAGAAAUACGGAGAUUAGCUAAUUGAGGAGCAAAAGCUCAGCUGUCACAAAACAAUGACCCUAUAGUGAUCAAGCCUGAACCCGGCUCCCUCCAAAAUCAAGAUGAUGUCUUCAGCCAAACUGCAUCCAUUUAGCAGCACUGCCAAGAAAUGAUGGCUGAAUGCAGCUGCCCUCCAUCAUCAUACCAGCACCUCUCGCACCUUCUGUGGAGACAAGGCAAACGUGGGCUACCAGCUCCUUUGGCAGCCAGGCUGUCACAGGUCUGGUGUUUCUGGACUGGAGAAGGUGUCAAACUUCAGCCUCUGUGUUUGAACACAGCAGCCAUUCUGCAACACUGAAGAUGGAGGUCAGCAGCUUAAGGCAAGAUUGUAUUUUUCACCUUGAUUACUUGACAGUGUCCCUUUAAAUAUCAGAAUGCAACAGAACAGGUACUUACUUCUCUGGCAGAGAAUGUGGGAGGUGGAACACCGUCUGAGAAAGCCAGCUUACUGAGGACCAGUGUGAAACAGCAUGGUUUCUGAGGCCACUGUACCUUUGUCUGACCAGACUUACUAUCUACCAAAGAGUGCUUUUGGCAGAAGGGAGAAAAGAGAUGGUGGUGGGCAGAGGGAGAGGGAAGGGGCAGUUCCAAUCAUUUCUGAAAGUAGCUAUCCCCUAGAAGGAAGGUGUUGAAAUGAAUGAUGUCUGGAAGAACUGCUUCAGUAGACAGAAACCUGGCCAAAGCAAGCAAACACAGCAGCCUCUUACCCCUAUGCCUGUUCUGGAAGUUGUCCUCAUUCCAAGAGAUGGGGUAAUUAUAGUGUUUUUGGGAAGGGGGAACCAUACACAGACGAAGGGACAGCUGUCACCCAUGAUGUCGUUUCCCUCCCUGCCCUCCACUCAUUUAAUAUGGAGAAGUCAAAUUCCUUUAAUUUGGCUAACAGAUAAAAAUUUAUGAGGUCAGAAGCACAACUUGCUGUGAAAGAGUGGUGUACUCUGAGCACACAGGACUCUGCAUACUCUCACUCCAGCUCUGCCACUGACUCUGUAGCCUUGGGCUGUUUGGCUCAGUCCCCCCUCCACGCAAAGGGGGAAUAACAAUACGUACCUACCUCACAGGGGUGUUGUGAGAAUCCACGUUGGUAAAGCCUGUUGAAGUGCUAAGUCUACCACCGGUAGUCACGAGGUGUGUGGUGGGGGUGAGCAGCGCUGCCCUUUUGCUGGUUACAGUCUGAAUCACAGCGGGAGUCCCAUCAGCCUUCUCCUGCUUGGAGACCCUCCUUGAUCUGAAGUGGAGGCUGUCGUCCGAGUGCCCUCUCCUCCAUUGCAUGACAUUUUAAGCGGCUGUGAGGUGCAGGGUAGCGACAGACAUGAAGUCCUACUUGACCAGGGAUUUGCUACAACGUUUUCUAUAUCUGUGGGGUUUGUUGGUUUGUUUUUUUCCAUAUAUUGUGCUUAGAAAUAAACUUUCCACUUAGG